AUGAGGGCUUCCUUCCUAAGACUAAACUCCUUCUCACCCUCUGCUAUACUAACGCAUGGGAAAUCGCGGUUUCAAGGUAGAUUCAAAAAGAUCGCCUCCGAGGAUGAAAUCCCGGCGAUACUCAAUGACUUGGUCAUGACUAACAAAGCUGUCCUGAGAGCUAGCCAUCCGCAUAUAAUUGCAUGGAGAAUACAUGAAGACGGUAACUCUUCUAUAGUACAGGGCUUUAAAGAUCAUGGAGAGAAAGGUGCAGGAAUGAGAUUGCUAGAUCAUGUUCUAGUGAAAAAUGAUUUAAGAAACGUACUAGUAAUAGUUACUCGGUGGUAUGGUGGAAGUCCGAUCGGCUCUUCUAGGUUCAGGUACAUCAACAAUAGUGCGCUAGAGAGCUUACGCCUUGGCGGCUUGAUAAGGGGAAACAAGAGGUAA